AACAAAGCUGUUGGAUUUAUCAGUACAGGGAUUGAAUAACGAACAAAUGGGAAAUUUGUUGUUAUUAGCCGAAGUGGCCAAUAAAAUGCCGAAAGCCAAAAUAGUCGCUAAAAAUACAAAUGAAUUUAACGGUCAAAAUUUGACAGUCAAGAUGAACUUAACAGUCAAAGAAGAGAGCGUUAAACAAAAGAGUACGAAAGGACUCACAGAGAAGAAAUCAAAAACGAAGAAACUGCAGUGUGAAUUAUGUGGAAAGAUCAUGACAGAUAUGAAAAGGCAUAUGAUGACUCAUACCGGUGAGAAGUUGUACAAUUGUUCGAUAUGCGGGAAAAGUUUCUCUCGAUUAGAUAUCAAGGAAGUUCAUAUGAUAACUCACACUAAUGUGAAGCCGUACAGUUGUCCGAUGUGCAAUAAAAGUUUCAGACAAAAACAACAUUUGAAAAACCACAUGGCAACUCACAACAAAAAUAGACCGCUCUUCUACUGUACUACCUGCGGUAAAGGUCUCCUGGAUUAUCGGUAUUUGAAAUUACAUAAGAUGAAUCAUGAAAGAAGCUGAAAGGCACAUUUUAAACUGAUAAGUUAUAUUUCUAUGCUUAGUCCUUAUUUUAAUGAUAACAUUUUAUUACUGUUAUUAUUUAUUACUUGCUUAUAAGUUGUUAAUUUUUUUUCUCAAUUCCAU